AUGGCCUCCAUCCAACAGGGACUAACGCGAGCUCUGCUCGCCAUCCUUCUGCUCCUCCAGCCCGGAUUCGCACUCCCACGAGCAGGAGGGGUUCAAGCCCGAGCACCUGCAUCCACCUCGACCUCAUCAUCCCCAACCCCAGCCCCGUCUACAUCGAGGACUGCGUCGAGUGCAGCAACAAAAACCUGCAACGGCCGCUCAGAAUACUGCAACCGAUCCUACUCGAACGUCACCUUCGUAGGAUCGCAUGACUCAGCCUUUGUCGGAUCUCUGCCGCAGCAGAACCAGAACAUUGAUAUCAAGGCCCAGCUCGACAUGGGCAUCCGAUACCUGCAGACGCAGACGCACCAUUCGAUAUUGGACGACGACACCCUGGAACUGUGCCAUACGUCCUGCUUCCUCAAAGAUGCAGGCACCCUCAAAUCAUAUCUGGGUACCGUCAAGGACUGGCUGGACGACAACCCGGACGAGGUGGUCACUCUCCUCCUGACCAACGGUGACUCGGUCUCGAUCACUGAUUUCGGGGACACGUUUAAGAGCAGCAGGAUUGACAAGUACGCAUUUGUGCCGUCGUCAAGCCCGGACAAGCUAUCGAUGGAUGACUGGCCCACGCUGGGGGAUUUGAUAUCCAGCGGCAAGCGGUUAGUCGUGUUUUUGGACUACGGCGCCGACACCACCAAAGUAAACUACAUUCUCGACGAAUUCACCUACUACUUCGAAACCCCCUACGACGUAACCGACUCCUCAUUCCCAGACUGCAAAAUCGACCGGCCCUCCGGUGCCUCCGCCUCGGGCCGCAUGUAUGUCGUCAACCACUUCCUGGACGUGGAUCUCUUCGGUGCCAAAGUGCCGGACCGCGAUCACGCGGCCAAGACCAACGCCGCGACGGGCGACGGGAGUAUCGGGGCGCAGGCGGAUAAGUGCAAGGCGCUGUAUGACCGGGCGCCAAAUGUGGUGUUGGCGGAUUUUGUGGAUCAGGGGGGUGUGAUGGAUGCGCAGAAGGCGCUGAAUGGGUUGUAG